CUGGUGCACGUCGAGGCGCCUCAGUCGACCGCUACCCUUCGUGACCGACGGUUCGUCCGUGUCGUUCUCCAUCUCGCCAGACACUGAGAGGAGAGAGAGAAAGAUAGAGAGGCAAGAAGAAGGGGAGAAAAAGGAGGAGAGGAAGAGAGGGUCACACACCUGCCGGAGUGUUUAUUCUUCACCGUGCGAGCUCCAGCUAAAAUAGCAAGAGGCAAAGACCGAGAUUUCAGAGCGUUCUCAAGUGCGUCUCGACAUUCGGUGCGCGCGAACCGCGAGCGGAAGGUGAACGGGGGGUGCGUGUCGUGUGUUAAGGGUGCGUUACCCGUACGACCUAUUCAUCCCUCGUAGUGCGAAUUACCAUGCGCCACCGUCGAGUUUGAAGCGGACCGACGAAACACCGAACUCCGAAACCGAAUUCGCAGCAGUCGCGAAGUCAUCCCAAUCGCAACAAUGAACGGGCCGGUUUACGCGUCAUCUUGUCCCGCAUUGCAGUCGAAUCUGUCGCUGCACAGUUCAUCCUAUUACAGCGAAUACAGCGGCACCACACGAAGACGACUAUCCUCGACGGGCGAGGCAGACACUUCCGCUACUUCGAGCUACGAGGGUAGCGACAGCUCCGAAAACAGCGACGAGUCCCGUCUCGAUCCGGUCAGUCAGAUGGAACGAGAGCAACUCGAGACAUUUUUCCGCGGAUUAAAGUCGCAGGUGUUCGUCUGCGAAUCACUGGCGAACCUAUAUCUCGGAAGCGCCUCUCAAACGGAAAGGUGGGAGCUUCGCUUCACCGGAAUACCCGUAGUAGUGCUUGAUCUCGGAGAAACGCGAUCGAGAUCCAAGAGGCGAAUUCAGAUCUUACUGGCCGAACGCGGCACUUGCUUCACCCUUUGGCGCGAGACCAUCGACAAUCUCUCGUCGUACAAGGUGUCGGGACCGGCCUUCCAUACGAUGUGUCUCUCCUCGGAUCACACUCGCCUGGCCGGACUCAGCUUCGACAACUCGAAGGCGGCGAACGACCUGUGGCAGCACAUAGAGCGCCUGGUGUCCUGUCCGGAGAAUAUCAGUCUGUCGGUGCCGGGCAAGAAGAAGAAGAAGCCGGUGCAGAAGAAGGUCGUGCUGCCGGCCAAAAGCAACAUCAGCCAGCCGUGUCAGUUCCAGCACGUGACCAGCGUGGACGCGGCCGAUCGGUCGCGAUACUUCUCGCUGCAGACGCUGGUGCCGGCCCUGAGCGAAUUGGAGAGCUCGUUGGAAGCGAACUUCUGAGACAAGCCUGACGCCUCCAAGCUCUCCUAGGGACGUAGCGCGACGCCCGACCCCCGCCGUCUACCCCGGAAGUAAUGACCGAUCACUGAUAGGGUGCGGCAGGGCACAGGGCGAAGUCUCGAGGAUAUAUCCCCCGGCUUUAUCGCGAAUUAUUAUCGCGCGCGAUUGGCUUGGAAGCAUCAAGAGCACGACGGGAGGCGAAAACAAGUGGAAGACCAUACCGCGGAUUCGAUGAUCGACAUCUUUCAUCUUCUCACUCCUCCUCCUCCUCCUCCUCCUCCUCUUCCUCCUCUGUCACGCAGUAGUUGUAGAGGAAGAUCGUGCAGAUUCAAGGAUAGGGAGAGGAGAUAUAUCGACGAAGCUUUAACGACGAAGAGGAGGCGGAUACUUGUGUCUCAAGAAGCCUCUGGCGAGAAGCUCCUUUGUAGUUUUACUCGAAUUUAUCUUCAUCUUCUCGUGUCUCUUCUGAUAUAAUCAUCUAAUUAGCUGGUAAGAAUUAAAGGUUAAGCAAGAGGGUAAGUCCUCUCGUCCUCGCGUAGUGAUCAGCAUCGUCCCGAGACGAAGAACGGGGAGAGCUCGGCGAAGAGGAGUGCCGAAGAGCCACGGAGAGACGAAGAGAAGCACGAAACGCUCGCGAUAUUCGCAGGCGGAAGCCUCGUCUGCUCUCGGAAGGGUCUAAUCCGUCAGUGUCGCAGUCGCGCGCUACGAGAUUAUCCAUGGGCCAAGACGGAGCAUUCAUCAAUCCUUUCGAUUUGAGCACGCUCUCUCUCUCUCUCUCUCUCUCUCUCUCUCCCCCUCUCUCUCUGUCAAAGGAGAGACUGACUGAUGAUGUCUGCGGCUGCGAAUGUUGACUGCGGGCCCCGGGCGAAACAGAAAGUUACCUCGAGGCGACUCUCUGAGUCACGUAGCGUUCUACUCUCUUCGAGAGUCCUUCGGAUCGUAGCUAUCGGUGUCGUGAGACUUGUUAUAAACGCGAAGAGAGAAGGUUCUAUGAAACGUCGAGCCGGGGCGCGAGUAAUUCGCGAUAAUAACUCUCGUAUGGAAAAACGUUGGAGUUCUAAGAAGUUCCGUUAUGGAAGACGCCAUUGUGAAGACGUUCUUCAAAGAUCACUUCGUCAUCGUCAUUGUGCCGCGUGAACAUUUGGUCGGACGUUUCAUUUCGCACUAAGCGGAGAAAGGAUCCAAACGCGAGGAAGAUACGGAGAGUGACGGAUCGACAAAUGGAAGAGAAGAAGUGACAAACGAGGAUACAGAUGCGUCAUACGCGGUUGCAAAAUGCGUCAACGGUCUGUUUUUCUCGAAAGCGGAAAGCAAUAAUUGCCGUUUGCCUCGAAAGCGGAAAGUAAUAAUUGCUGGUCUUAUCUCGCACACGCGACGGUUUUACGUGUGCACACGUUCAGGUGGAAAUUCAGGUAGAAGAUGGACGACUGUCUUGUCGCGCUUUGUAAUUCGAAUCGCACGAUGUAACGCGGCAGAAAAAGCAAGCGUUGCGUAACGGGAUGUCAAAGGCGCGAAAUCUCCAAAACAAACGGCGGAGCGCGCCGCGCACCGCCAAAAUACCAUGCAAAUACAUGCGGGACGUAUUUCGGCGUUGCAUCGGCUGUAUACACAUUGUUGUUAUUCGCUGUAAAAAAAGAAAGGCUUUCUCCGCGCUGGUGAGGAAAAUACCCGGCUCUGUACGCGGCGUAAUUCAAAAUGCGCGGCAGCCGUGAUGAAAAUGACAUUAAUCCCUUGAGUGCGGAGACCUAAAUUGCACAAGUGAGCCCAAAGUGUGCAGCAUUAAAUAAUAAAUAAAAUGUAACAUACACGUACAAAAGGUUUCCGAAGUGAAUAAUAAUCUGUUGUUAAAAUUGAUAAAUUCAAAAUGGCGGAUCUAAUAUGGUGGACCGCAUAAUGGAAAAAUAUGAAAAAACCAAAAAAUUAUACUUCUUUUAUUAAAUAUUAAUUUAUAUGAGUUUUUUAAAGGCUAUUAAGGCCGUGUAAUUGUUGCCUAAUAUAAUGAUGCAAAUAUACAUAAUUUGUCUCAAUAAAAUAUAUAAAUAAAAUAUAAUUGUAACAAUUUUUUUCUUUCUUUACAACGUAAAUAUGAUAAAUAAUAAAUUAGUCUACUGACAUAUGUAGGCAUUUAUAUUAAAACAAUUAUAUUAAAACAUUUAUAUUAAAACAAUUUUUUAAAUCUCAUGACACCUCUAUACAUGUCACACACUGCGGGUCCAUCUCGCUCAUGACACGUAUACGUGUCAUACGCACUCAAGGGGUUAAAAGAGGCUCCGAAAGUGUACUAUAAAGCGCGAACAAUUGCGACGUGAAACCGACGUCGCGGGCAUGCUAAAUUUAAUACUUCCUCAGCUGAUUCAGCGUACAACAGGCAAUUGGAGUUCAGAGCAAAGUACUUAAAGAUAGAAUGGCAGUAGUCUUUAAUUAAAGGAAAAGUCCAUUCGUGCUUUGCCAUUGUGACUCGAAGGAAGAACACCGAUUUAGUAAAACUGCAUAAAAGGUAACAUUCCAUCGACUUUUUUCUUUUUGAAAUAUGUUAUAGAGAAUGAAAUUCUGAGUAACUUAUUCCUAUACAGCUAUAUGGGGGUCGCGUAUAGUUUCGGAGAUAUUCGCUAAUGGCUAGCGAUGGACAAUAUUUUGAAUAAUCAAUUUGUAAUCAUUUUUUCACAAUAAAGCCGUAUUUUUACUAAAAAAUCCCUUAAAAUUAAUGCACACCUCCAAUAUAUAUACGUAACCCAUCUUUACAUUUUUAUAUAUAAUUUGUCAAUGGAAAAUAAUAUAAGAAUACAAAUGCAGAUACUGUCUGAGAUCUUUCAAUUUAUAUUAUAUGCAAAAAAUAUCGCAAGUAAGUAUUCUGCAUUUGUAUUCUUAUAUUAUAUUCCACUGACAAAUUAUAUAUAAAAAUGUAAAGGUUGGGUUACGUAUGUACGUGUACAGUUUACUAUAUUUCAAUAGAUAGGUUACACUUUUUGAAAACUUUAAAGUCGAAUGUCUCCGAAACUAUACGCGACAUAUAAUUGUAUAGAAAAAAGUUACUCAGAAUUUCAUUCUCUAUAACAUACUUCAAAAAGAAAAAAAUCGGUGAGGUGUCACCUUUUAUGCAAUUUUACUGCCGAUUUUGCCGUUGAUUCAGCUCAUAGCGAAGAAAGAUGAUGCAAUGUGUUUUUAGGUCAGCGAAGAGCCGGAGCGUUUUCAAGUGUCAUCGUGAUUCUCGAAGUGAUGUCAUGAGAUAUCGAAACGAGGGAGGGAGACCCGGUUUUCUUCGUGAAACGGGGCCGUCAACGUGUAGCAAUCGUACGUUUAAUCGACGUCUUCACCGCGGGAUCACGAUUGCAAACGAGCGAGAGUGAUACGCCGACAAGCGUCGACAGAGCCGAUAAAUCAAAGAGCGAUAUACCGCCGAAGGUUUAUGCAAAUUAAAUCAUAAGAUUACGGCGAAGAUUAUGAGCGACAGCGCGCGCGCGCUGGAAACGGACAUUGUGCCAAAGUACGCGAAUCAGCGAGAAGGAAGAGAUGCAGUAAUUCCACAAUCAAUCGAGAUUCGACAGAUCGAGUACCGAGCGCUUCCAUUUGACAUUAAGACUUGAGAGAGAACUGGGAAAGUCUGUCUGUGCCGACAGUUUUUUGACAGACAUGUCGUUAUGCAUGUACAACAUACGAGUUCACCGCGAAUUCACCAACAAACGUUUCCAGCGCGCCCUCGUAAACACGCUCGCGUAAUAACGUAUCACGAUGUUAAAUAGAUUAACUAAAUUAGAUAGAAUUAUAGACGGAUUAUGGCGUGUAUAACGUGUCCAAAUAUAGUGAAUUCUACUUCCUACCGUUUCGGGUCAUUGAUGUGUCUCCGUAGAUACACCGGUAGAAAGAUUCUCGAUCUUGUUGUCAACCAUAUGCUCGGAAGAAUGUUGAAACACGGAGGUCCACCGUCGUUGAUUCUGUCCAAGUGAAAUAACAUCCAACACAGCUGACUUCUGAAAUGAAAAAAGGGAAAGGACAUCUUUCUUUAGAUGCAAAUGGAAUUUUUGCAUAUUCCUGUUGCAAGGUUCCUCUUUCCUUCUUUCUUUUAAAGAAAUGUGUUAAUUAUUAUAUUCCAUACAAAACGCGAUGAUGUGUGAUCAGUAAUACGUGCGUGUUCUUUUUAUACUACAUACAAUAUAGAGUUAUAAAAAAGAAAAGAGGAAAGUAACUUUACGAUCCUACAUUUGUCUGUAAUUUGUCGCCAAAGCAAGUGUGUUGCAUCUUCCUAGUAUUUAUCUAUCGACAGUACGAUCAAUUAUGUUUCUCUCAUUAUACCACUAUGAAAAUAUUCAUUUCACGUGUCAUUUCACUUAGACGCAAUUAGUCUACGACCGAAAACGAAGGCGUCUGUUCUUCUCCUCGAGAAGCGGACUCGCUUCCGGAGGGAGUCGCGCGCGCGAAAAUGUCGUUUCACGACGUUCGCUAGAAGACUGGUUUCACCAUCCCACGUGUAAGCACAGUUAACAAUAGGUACCUAUGUGCAGCGAUAGCGAUCAUUAGAGCGACUUGAAUUUAUCCUUUAGAAAUUAUCCGCGCGGCUCGUCCGACGUCCCUUCAGCAUCGUCAUCGUGUCGCUUCCGUUUCGCUAAGCGGAGAAACAAAGCGCGCGCGUUUCACUUUAUCCACGCGAAUCAAACCUCUAGCUAUUAAGAUUAUAAUUAGCGUGUCAGCGUAUCUCUAAGUUAGAAGUUCGCCCGGGAUAGUUUUUUCUCUCGUAUUAUCCAAGACGGAUGUAAUACUUUCCAGCGGGAUUUUUGUACGCACACUUCGGUCACGUGAGUCGCAGGUUUCUUUGCGGGGACCCCGGGCGAUUAUCCUAGACACUUAAGUAGAUAACACAACUUCGAAUUAAUAUUAAUUUCAUUAUCUACGACUGUGAUAUAAAUAUAUUUGUAUCUCGUUACGUUUCGUAACAUGUAUCCGCAUUGAUUAAUCACUUGAAGACAUAAGUUUUAUGAAUAUUGUAUGUAAUAAUUAUCGUGCUAAUAAAUAGUAACUUCAUGAAACGAAA